AUGCAGCUCUCAAAGUCGAUAGAGGACACAUUCGUCGCUUCCUACGAGCUCAUGCAGACGAAUGAAGAUGAAGACUCGCAUACGCUGCGUCAGCCUGUCAACCUCAGUGCGGCGUCCAAGGACAGGUUCGAACAGAUGGUCUCUUGUCAGCGCAUGGCGAACCAGGUUGCCGACCGCUUCUUGAUGGAUCUGCAACAAGCGGAUGUUCUGGUGAAGAAGGUGAAGACUCAAGGCUGGCAGCCCUCGACGGCUCUGACGUAA